GUGAUCCAGUGAAAGGUAGGAUACGUCUCUCCAUUCUGUCUGUUUUGUUUUGGUUCAGCCCAUAGAAUUUAAGGACUAAAGUGUCAUAUUAAUAAGAUGGCGUCAGCGGCGGACAAUAAAUGGCAGAAAGAUGCCGCAGAUCAGAACUUUGACUACAUGUUCAAAUUGCUUAUUAUUGGAAACAGUAGUGUGGGGAAGACGUCGUUUUUAUUCCGUUACGCAGAUGACUCCUUCACGUCGGCUUUUGUGAGCACAGUGGGAAUAGAUUUUAAAGUGAAGACAGUUUUCAGAAACGACAAAAGAGUAAAACUUCAAAUAUGGGACACUGCUGGGCAAGAAAGAUAUCGUACAAUUACUACAGCUUAUUACAGAGGUGCAAUGGGUUUUAUACUCAUGUAUGAUGUCACUAACGAAGAAUCAUUCCAAGCAGUUCAAGAUUGGUCUACUCAAAUCAAGACUUACUCAUGGGAUAAUGCUCAAGUUAUUCUUGUAGGAAAUAAAUGUGACAUGGAAGAUGAGAGAGUGGUAUCCGUAGAUCGUGGUAAACAACUUUCAGACCAGCUAGGACUGGAAUUCUUUGAAACAAGUGCAAAGGAAAAUAUCAACGUGAAACAGACCUUUGAACGGUUGGUUGACAUAAUUUGUGAUAAGAUGUCGGAAAGCUUGGAUUCUGAUCCCACGAUUGUGAGCAACUCCCAGACAGGAAGGAAGCUGACACAGGAACCACAGCCAUCCAAUUCUGGCUGCGCAUGCUAAUCAUCAAGAGUGAACUCAUAGAAUUUCUUUUAAAAUGACCAUCAAACGUGUUUGAGUGCAAAAAAGAGGGGGAGGGGAGGGGGGUUGAGAGUGCAACAAAAUGGAAUAUGUUUUAUGGGUGGCUUGUAGUCUGAGAUCCUCGACAGCUAUGAUUCGUCUUAAUUAAAAUCCAACUUUUUUAAAAGUUUUAGCCAGAAUGUCAUCCAAUUUAUGCUUAUUGCGGAGACAAAAAAUAUUAUAAUUAUAAAUAAUUAAAUUAUAUUUACUGUGAAGUUUCAAUUUUCAGUGGACCAUUCCGGCGUUUUCAAAAUUUCAGCCAAUCACAUCACAUCACAUGUUACAUCCUUGUUCUGUUUUCCUGGCCAACAUUUCAGCCAAUCACAUUACAUGUUACAUUUCUGUUUCCCUGGUCAACAUUUCAGCCAAUCACAUCACAUCACAUGUUUAAGAACAUAAAAAUGAUGAUUAAUCUUCGUUUAUUUUCUAUGAUCACUGUAUUUACCGAACCCCCCUGAAUGAAUUGCACUGUUGAUAAUCGAACAAUGCACAUGAUACAUCUUUGAGAGACCUGAGAGCGUAUUUAUAAAAUCUCAUUUGUCAGAAGAUUGUAUUAACACCAUGAAGUGCUUACUAGAACAGAAUUUAUCUUGGCAUUUUACAUAUCCACAGUUCUCCCGUGUGAUCAAUAAUCUCAUUCUGUGAAAUAAGAUUUAUAUUCAUUAAAAAAUAAUGUCAUGACUGUGCGUAACCCUGACCACUUUCAUUUCCCUUCUAUUUCCAUUUUAUUAGUUUCCUUUUGUAAUGGCUCACUUGCCCUCGAGAUAUUCAGAGUGGCAGUGAUUGGCUGAAUUGUGAAAGGUGUCGUCAUUUACGUCAAUACAUCUGCCCUAUUGCAUUUGCAUUUGAUUAUGCUGAGGCCUCAUGGGGAGGUUUCGUAUUCCCAGUUUCUCUGUGUAAACCCAUACACUGACUGGGGAGCUAUUUUUCAGACGAUACUGUUUUAAUAACAACAGAUCUUUAAAUGCAUUGCAGUGUAGUUGAAAAUAGCUGCUGAAAAGGUUUAAAAUUGCUUAUUUUUGGCGACAGUCACUGUUUGCUAUUAAUAAUCAAGUUUUGGGUUUUGUUUACAGACUACGCAUAAUAUCAGCGUUCUUCUCCAUAUAAGGACAUGAUAACUCCUAAUUUGUACAAUCUAGUACCAUUAAUGUCAGGCAUUCUCCAUAUAUGGCUGUCAUAGCUCCUUAUUUUUACAGUGCGAUGACACAUUUGAUUUUGACAAACAAUUCUAUUUUUUCGUUUCGUCAAAAAAACCAAGUGCAAUGUUUCAUCAAAAGGAAACAUCUAAGUGAAACACGUUAGACCUAACGUCUCUCCUAAUGUGAAGAGGAAUGCAAAUGUAUUGAAAAAUGCUGGUAUGAGAUACAAAAGAAGAUACAUGUAUCUGGUGCUUAGGUACUUACUAUUAAAGUCCAGAUUGGGGAGGGGGAGGGGUAUAGAACCAAACAGGGUGGCAGUGCAGAAACACUUCUCAUUAAAUUUUCAAUAGUAUGAAUAGACAAAAAGGAAAUUUAGUUGAAUAUAAAUUAUUUAUGGUAGGAUCUGAUUUAAAAUUUUAGCAAAUUAAAAAAAAAUAAACAGUUGUGCUUUUUGUGUUGUAAAUGUGUAAAGACAAACCAGUGCAAUUCAUAUGACUAUUCCAAACUGCUUUAUGGUUUCCCAGUGAUAUUGUAUUUAUAUAUACUCGCUCAAACUCAAUGACAACCAUUUUAGUCGAAUUUUAUUUUUCUUCUAUUGCUUGCAUGAAAAAAAUGACUUUGUUGAUCUUUUAGCAACCAGCCUCAAUUCUUAUGAAAAAAAGAAAUGUUCCACAUUUUAGAUUGUUUGUUUAGUAUUUAUUUACUCCUAAGGGUAUAUAUAUAUAUACAUGUAUAUUUUAAAAACACAAUGAAGGACAAUACUAGUAUUUACCGUGAGAUUUUAUCGUAGAAGAAUGGAUUCUCUUUAAGACAAAAUCUUUAACUGUCUUUUGAACACUUGUUAUGGACGUUAGGUUUUGUUUUUUUCAUAUUAAUGAUUUUGGGGUGUUGCCAUGGUGUCCAUGCUAGUCUAAGCAUGACCCCCUUCCCCUCUUUUCCUUUAUAGUAGUUUGGUUGACCGUUUCAGGGUUUCUUGAUAAAAUCCAUGCAUGCUGAGAGAAUAGACCAUGAUGGAACGCCGGAGUUGACCACAGUGCAAUAUUCAUGCCUCUUGAAUUUUAAUUUUAAUGAUUAGAAUUUUCAACAAAAUAAAACAAAAUUAGUUCUUAGUCCGAUGGUGAUCUGAAAUUAUGUUGGCGUGAAAAGAAUGUAGAUUUUCAAAAUAUGUUUCGCUAGUCUUAGUUUAUGUGAAUUAUUAGUAUGAAAUCAUACACCAUCAAGAAACACUUCUGAAAUGAGAAACUGUGGGUACAGUAGCCAUGGCAACACAUCCAAUUGUCCAAACCGUAGGUGCUCAGUUUGUUGACUUUUAGCAGUUGUGCCGUUGAUUUGAAAUUGCUUGCAGCUACGUGUACCUAUACAAAUUCCUACAUUACAUUUCCUAGCAAUAGAAUAGAACAUGUAUAAACAAAUAUACUAUAUAAAUGACAUAUUACUAGAAUACAUUUAAAAAAAAAAUCAUUUAGUCAAUGUAAAUUAACCAUAUAAAAAAACAAAAAAAAAACAAACAUGUUGCUUGUCUUGUAUUCGUAGAGCAGCAGCCCAAGCUGUUUAUUUUCCAAGGUUGAUCAACUUAAAGCUCCCUAGUUGUAUCAUGUUUGCAAAUAACCUUUUAACUUGCUGAAUAUUUUUUCAAGACAAUCUUGAGACAUUGUGUCUUUUAUCGCAUAGAGAUCUGUUUAUAGUAGGAAGCGCCACAUAUUCAGCAAACAAAGGCAUGUAAUCUCAAAGCAAUUUGAAUGUAUCGUAUUAUUAUUCUUUAUAUAUUGUGUACCAGUUGAGACUAUUAAAUUGUGUAUAAUACGUUGGGCUGGCAA